ACAAAAUUACAAGAAAAAAAAUGGGAAGACAAAAUCGGGGUACAAAUGCGGGACCUCAAGAUAAACAACACUUCAGUCAUUCUCACAUCUUGAAACUAAUUGUGAAUCCAACUGAAACUCUCAAUUGCAAUGCUUGUGAGAAACCAAACAAUAGUCACACGCCUUUCUACGGCUGCAACACCUGCCAAUAUUUCCUCCACGAUAACUGUUUCAAUGCUCCGCGUUUUAUCAAUCACUCGUCUCAUCCUUCCCACCCCUUGACCCUUCACCAAAUUCCAUCUUACUCGAGUCGUUCCUAUACUUGCAAGGCUUGUGGCUCUGCUGGUAAUGGAUUUUGCUUUAGCUGUGCUGCUUGUGAAUUUGAUAUUCACUUGCAAUGUGCGUCCAGUCCUAGCUCCAUACUUGUUAAUAACCACCCACAUCAAUUGGAGCUCCACUUCGGUUCUCCAUACGAAGAUAAGAAUAUCAAAUACAAUUGUGAUAUGUGCAAUGUGAUAAUGAACAGGGACGAUUGGUUGUACUACUGUGCUGGGUGUGAUUUCGGGUCACACUUGCACUGUGCAAUAACUAGUCCUGAAGUCGGUGUUUUCCCCAAACAGCACCGUCCAAUUCCAAAUUCAAAUUCAAAUCCAAAUCCAAGUCAGAAUUCAAAUUCAAGCUGGAAUUCCCAUGCGAAUGCGGCGGUGGAAAUGAUAAAUUCAGUGAAUGACGAUCAUGACCGGCUUAUAGCAGCUCAAAUUGCAGCUCAGAUCGACGCACGAGGAAGACGUGCUAUCCUGGACUCGAUCUAGGCGUACAAUUACAUAUAUCUAAUUCUUCCGCUUUGGCCUUCUUCAGUUUUUAUUGCAAAAUAAAUGCUUUAUUGUUGUUAUGUUAUUCCUCUUUCAAAUUUUGUAUCGUUGAUCAUCAGGUUCUCUAUUUUAAUUUUGGUUUCUAUGUUUAUUUAUUACAAACUAGUGUUUGAUUU